AAGCAUCACCGUUGAUCAUUUAGAAACAGGUUAGAUAUUAAAAGAAAAGUAAGCUAAUCCGACGGUGUGGAAGUGAGAGAGAAGUGUUCGAUAGACAAGAAAAUAAAAAGAGAGAGCUGGAUCCUCCGAGAAAACCUCACUGGAAGUGACUUAGUUUGCAACUCCCGAGGUCUCUUUCUCUGUCUCUGUUUCUCUCUCUUUUUGUAAUAGUGAGUGAGUGGUGGCACAGUGCGCACCAACCUCCAUUGUCUAAGGAGAUCGCACACACAAACACAGACACCUAGUCUCCUUUUUCUUUCUCUGGAUUUGCUUUUUUUCUCGUUUGUUUGAUACAUAGCUUUCGCUUUCCUUUAAUGGGUUCUGCUUCUUUUUUGUGAAGCUACUUAAAAGCUGCUUCAUUUCCCUUUUUUAACGAACCCAUUGAGUUUGACACGCAAUGCUCCCUUAACGAACGUGAAAAAGAUUGUAGCUUUUGGUUCAAUUUGAGUUGGGAUACGAAUCGUUUAGGUUUGGUGGGGAUAUUUAUAUGGAUCCGCCGGCGAUGAUGAAUAAUGGGUCGUAUAAUUUGGCUGAGAUCUGGCAGUUUCCGGUCAAUGCAAACGGGAGAGGUCAGUUUGGACAGAGCUUGAGUGGUCAGUUUGGGGAUUCGAACGGGGAUAUUUUGCGCAAUGAUCCGAUGAAUUUGGAGCAGAGAGGAACUCGAGGUGGCGGCGGUGGAAGAAAACGCCGCGAUGUAGCGGAGGAUGACUCUGCAAAGGUCUUAUCUUCAAGCAAUGUCAAUGGCAACGGCAACGGCAACGGCAACAGAGUGAAUGAUUCAGAUGCUAAACGGCUUAAAACAUCAGGAAAUAGAGACGAGAAUCAUGAUUCUAAAACUGAAGCCGAACCCAGUUCAGGCAAGCCUGUGGAACAGAAUACUCAACCACCAGAACCACCUAAACAAGAUUAUAUCCACGUACGGGCGAGAAGGGGUCAAGCUACUGAUAGCCACAGUCUAGCAGAAAGAGUAAUUUUCUCACAAGCCACAAGGGAAUACAGCCGCGGUGCAUCACCGGAGUGGUUGCAUAUGCAGGUUGGCAGUGGUUUUGAAAGAACAUAAUGAUAUGAAAAGACAACAUCAAUAGUAAUAAGAGCAUCAUCAAGAAGCACUUCUUCUUCCUUCAGUUGCUGUCAGAAUAUAUACCCUCACUAUGUUAAAUCAAAGACAGGGAACAUAUUUCCGUUUCAACAUCAUACUCGGAGCUGUCCUUGCUGUCUAAAAGGCUGGUCAAGUUAUUAUCUAAACAUCUCCAUUCAUUUGUGUGCUGGAAAAUGAUUCUUUACUCCAUAUAUUUCUUCCCCAGGCUUCAACGCCAUUCUCUAUACGAAAAACUCGAAUACUGCCUCCUAGAGUUGGGUAUUGCUCUUGUAAAAGAAAGUUGCUUGUUCAAAAUUGCUAAUGUUUACAUAUUGUAUAAACCUUUGCUUCAGAAUCGGGCUUGUUGUGAAGCUGAAGCUUGUUCAAUAAAGUAAAGCCUUUAAGAGCUCUGUAUCUGUAGAACUCCCAAGUUGAUAAAUGCUAAUGUUUAUGUUAUAACAUUGUUAA